GGCAUACUGCCGACAUCACGGAGCCCUCUUUCCCUCUCCCUUUCUCCCUCUGCUUCUCCCCCUCCCUCCUCCCUCCUUGUCCCUCCUCCCUCGGCUCAAUCUCUUCCAAUCUCCUUCUUCCUCUCUUCAGUUCCUUCAGGUAAAUCCUACUCAAACUUGUACCAACUUGUUUUUGACUGACAGCGAGCAGCGAGAGACUUUUCUUCACUUUGAGAGAACCUGAACACCUAUCUUCCCCAAGACAACCUGCAUCGACCGGUCAUUCCCUCGCCGGGGCAUAGCUCGCCAUCGAGGCAGGAGUCCAGUGCAUCUGUCCCUGCAGGCAGAAGCAGAAUCCCAUGGUAGCCAGGUGGGAGAAGGAGAGCAAGGACGUCCCACCUGCCUUGAAGAAGACGCCUUCUGACCUGCUGAGGGAGUGACAAGGAGGGAACAUUCCCUGGGACUCAGCAUGCAAGCCCAGCUUCUAGGUGGUCCCAAUAGCCUGACAAUGGAUGCCAUUCACAUCAGCAUGUCCAGUGCUCCCCUGGCAAAGCACACGGCAGGAGCCGGACUCAAGACCAACAGACCCCGGGUCAUGUCCAAGAGUGGGCACAGCAACGUGAGAAUCGACAAAGUGGAUGGCAUAUACUUACUCUAUCUUCAAGACUUGUGGACAACUGUCAUUGACAUGAAGUGGAGAUACAAGCUCACCCUGUUUGCCGCCACAUUUGUGAUGACCUGGUUCCUUUUUGGAGUGAUCUACUAUGCCAUUGCAUUUAUUCAUGGUGAUUUAGAACCAAGGGAGGACGUUUCAAAUCACACUCCCUGCAUCAUGAAAGUGGACUCUCUCACUGGAGCGUUUCUUUUCUCCCUGGAAUCCCAGACAACCAUUGGCUAUGGAGUCCGUUCCAUCACGGAGGAAUGCCCUCAUGCUAUUUUCCUGUUGGUUGCUCAGUUGGUCAUCACAACCUUGAUUGAGAUCUUCAUCACGGGCACCUUUCUGGCCAAGAUUGCCAGACCCAAAAAGCGGGCAGAGACCAUCAAGUUCAGCCACUGUGCCGUCAUCACCAAGCAGAAUGGGAAGCUCUGCUUGGUGAUUCAGGUGGCCAACAUGAGGAAGAGCCUUCUGAUUCAGUGCCAGCUCUCCGGCAAGCUCCUCCAGACCCAUGUCACUAAGGAGGGGGAACGGAUUCUUCUCAACCAAGCCACUGUCAAAUUUCACGUGGACUCCUCUUCAGAGAGCCCCUUCCUCAUUUUGCCAAUGACAUUCUACCACGUACUGGAUGAGACAAGCCCCCUGAGAGAUCUCACACCCCAAAACCUGAAGGAGAAGGAGUUUGAACUCGUGGUCCUCCUCAAUGCCACUGUGGAAUCCACCAGUGCAGUCUGCCAGAGCCGCACAUCUUAUAUUCCAGAGGAGAUCUACUGGGGCUUUGAGUUUGUGCCUGUGGUUUCUCUCUCAAAAAAUGGAAAGUACGUGGCUGAUUUCAGUCAGUUUGAACAGAUCCGAAAGAGCCCGGAUUGCACCUUCUACUGUGCGGAUUCUGAGAAGCAGAAGCUUGAGGAGAAGUACAGGCAGGAAGAUCUGAGGGAAAGAGAACUAAGAACUCUUCUGUUACAACAGAGCAAUGUCUGAUGGCGGUGGUCGCCCCGGGUUUAACUCUGUGAGCUCUUUCCAUGUCGGAGCUCCCUUUGAAGGCACAAGUCACUGUGCAAAUGAGAAUGUGUGGAUUCUUUCUAAAAAACUAUACAGACAUACAAAAUCCAUUUUUUCCCUUUGACCUGGCACUUAAGCAAGCAUUUCCAGUUUUGAGAAGGUUCCUUUUUAAAAGGCUUUGUCUGAAGCAAACUCUCAAAAUUCCUACUUUCUAAAAUGGGGCUAUAGUUUCAAAAAUUUGGUGUAGGGCAAUUAAAAUAAUGUCAUGUCCAGUGGACAGACAUUUAGCCAUGCUGGUGUUGAAAGGAUAUGCAUUUCUAUGCAGCAUAUCAGCUAUAACUUAAGGUAUUUAUUCAAAACAAUUUUCAAAGACGUUAUGGCUGGAAGUUAAAAUGUUGUGAAAUGUGAAAUGUUGAAAGUUCAUAUCCUUUUAUGUCAUUUCUUUACAGUACCCUCUUUUCAAGCAGGAAAAUGCUAUCUUUAUUUAAUGGAGGCUAUCUGGUAACAGAGUCAAGGGGACUCUGUACUCACAAAAAAAAAUAUUUCCAUUCUUACCGGUUUUUCAUCAGAUUUAAUUGUACAGAGUGAAACUGAACAAAUCAGGAGUUAAUAGUUCUGAAAAUAUAUACGAAUGGAGUGGACUUUUUUGUUCCCAGUAAUUUUCUGUUUACUAUUCAAAACGUGGUGUACAACCCGGCAGCCUCAGCAUCAUCCGGGAGCUAAUUAGCAGUAUCGACUCUCAGGCCCCACCCAGACUUAGAGAACCAGAGUCUGCACGUUCACGAGACCUCCUAGUCAUUUGUACACAAAUGAAAGUUUGGAGAGUGUCCACUCUGGAAGGUUUUCAAGGGAACUUUCUGAAGCCACAGCACCCUCUGGGUCCCAAACCCACAUGGCCUCCAGACCUGUCCUUCUUUCUUCAGCUUAUUAUUAUGGGCCAAUAUUGUUGUCAGCCACUCCAUUCUUUGUCUGUUAAAAUGCCUUGUUUGCCAAAGAACUGCCCCCGAUACCCCAGGAUUGAAAACAAUUUCUUGAGAGUCAUGGUUGUCUCACUCAUGCUAAGCACAUGUUUGUUGACUCUAGUGAGCACAAAAGAAAAAUGAAGUCGCAUUACAACUGGAAAUUUGCUCAGAUGUUGAGGUCCACAAGGUUGAACAGGGCCAUAAGGACCAAGAAGAGCUGAGGAAUUCAUGUACUGAUGACUCCUUGAAGCGUGAACGAAGUUUGGUAAUCUGAUGAUAUGUAAAGAACGCCCUCAGUAUCUAAAUAAAUCUCAUGCAACCGAUUGGAACAGGGUAACAUUUUGCUCUUGGCAGAACUUAGGGGCCAGGUGCCACAUUUCUUUAGGGCAAAGAAUAUGCAUGGGUGGGGAUUGGCUGAAUGGGGCGAAUUCUCAUUUCAUUCAGACCAGGACAGACUUGCAUAUUCACUCACAAAGAAUGUGACUGUAGGUGGGUAGGCACUGCACAGGCGUACUCGGGAGCCCACAUACAUGUACACACAGGCACACACACAGACAUGCAGGCACAUCCUGGCUUUUCAAGCAUAAUUGUGGAAGUUGGAAGAAUUUUGCAAUUAAGAGAGCGAGUCCUCAACAAAUAUACUCACAUAUGUUUUAUUCUAUAAAAAUGGGGAUGCUGGAGCUCUGAGAAAAAGGGGAAAUUAAUCUGGAUUCAGGUUAUCAGUGAAAAAAGAGGGUUUAGCUCAGUGGUAGAACAUUUGACUGCAGGUUCUCAGUGAAAGGAUACUACGGAUUAUAGCUAACGUGGUCAUAUAUUUAGGCUACCGCAGUUUCAAAUGUCCUUCCAUGGAAGAGAAGGUGUGGCUGGAACCUCUGACCUGGAGCCAAAUGUCUAACACAAAUGUCAGAACAACAGGAGUAGAGUUAGUUCUAGAGGCUUAAGGGGCCAUUUCAAAGCACGAGAAGCUUUUUCUUUUAUUAUUCAGGAUUUUUUUUCUCUCUUUCUGUUGAUAAUUUAAUGGCAGAUUGUUUCAAUUUCUUAAAAAAAUUAUGUUAGUUUAGUUAGACAUUAGCUCUUUUAGUUAUUAUAUGUGGUUUUUUUAUUGUCUCUUGUGCUAUAAUCAACAGGAAAAUAGUGCCACAGGCAUGUUUACAGGCUUUCUGUUGUGCUAUUAAAUUCCUUACACAGGAUUUACAUCAGUGCUAAUUUGAAUGUGAUCAAGAUUAGGAAUCUUGCAUACUUAUAUUGCAUUUGGCACACUGAUGUACUGUGAGAUGUAGAAAGCUUUGGUUUAUUCAUUUAGCAGAUCUACUUCAGCCAAAUCUGGAGGACUUGAUCAUUUGAUCUUUUGCACUAUACACAAAACAAAUAUGCAGUAUUUUAAAAGCCAAUACUUGUACCAGUCAAUAAAUCAUAUUGUAAUAUUAUAUUCUGUAAAUAGUCCUAAACCUGCAUCUGGUUUGAAAGUGAGCAUUUCCUUACUUAUUAUUUCUUUAUACACAAUACUCUUGUGUUAACAUACUAACAAAAGAUAUUAGAUGGCAAACAUUUGAUUACAUUUGGAAGUCUUUUGACUGAAACAGAUGCUUGCUCAACACCUAACUAAGAAGUAAUCAAACUAAUGGAAUAUUGUUGACCCAAAAAGGCUUUUGCAUUUUGAAACAUCUCCAAUGCAUUCUCAGGGAUACCAUUCAAAAAUGUCAUGUUCCAUUUGAAAAACCACAAGGUAAAUAGCAGCACAUCAGUGUAGUCUGCAAGCUGUGUCUUAUUUCAAUAAGAAAAUGUAUUAUACGUGCAUGGUACCUGGUAGCCAAUGGUCCCAGACAGCAUAGUCAAUAUUCACUCACUGAUCCUCCCAAGAAGCCACCUUUGGAGUCUGGGUGCAGUCACAUAUUGUUCUCUUUCUCACGCAGCAGGUAAUUACAGUACCAGACAAGACUCCAGAUAUGUAAAAUAACUGGUGAAAAGUGAAAAAUACCCUGAACAAGUGGACCAGAUUUUGAGAAGACUUUAAAUGACGAUUCAUUAGAUUUUUUUUAAUUGAAUUUUCUUUUUAAAUUGAUGGUGAUUUUGAUACCAUUAAAAGUAAAUUAAGAUCUGAAGAAGUGACACUUCUACUCCUGCAUGAUUCUCUCUCUCCCUUGGAUCCUCAGCACUCGUAUCUGGAGAAAGAAGGAAAGAGAUGCAAAAAGCAGGGAAGGCAUGAGGCCUCUGCACUGGGAGCUCCGUAAACUAUCAUCCUACCUUUCGGGCUUGAUUCUGUAUUUUGUCACUGCAGUCAAAGGGUCAGGCACUUGACCAUGGGCAUGAUGAAGACUGAUAAUCCCUCAGUCUUGGUUUUUCAUUCUCUCUCGACUUCUCUUUGCCUGAUAAACAUUUGAAGCGAGUCAUUUUGAAUGUAGGUUAUUUUAUUCAAGCUUUCUGGGAUGGUAUUCUUUAAAAUGAAAUGUUAGCAUUUCAAGUCCUGAUUUCCAUGUUCUGCGGUCGCACUUGAAUCCCAGCAUUUGAUUCUGGAUAAAUCCAAGAUGCACCUAGUUUUCUUCCUCCGGGAAGAUAUACUGAAAGUCUAAAGUUAACAUUUCAUUCCUCUCCUAAUUGAUUAACUGCCUACAUUUAACCCUCUGUGAACUUCAGUUCAUCUUUAAUCAGAAUGGGCUCCCCACCCCUCCUUGGGCUUCUGGAUAGCAAUUUUCUUAGCCUUUAAGAAACACUGUUGGCUUGGGGCGCCUGGGUGGCUCAGUUGGUUGGACGACUGCCUUCGGCUCAGGUCAUGAUCCUGGAGUCCUGGGAUUGAGUCCCGCAUUGGGAUCCCAACUCCAUGGGGAGUCUUUUUUCCCUCUGACCUUCUCCUCGCUCAUGCUGUCUCUCACUGUCUCUCUCUCAAAUAAGUAAAUAAAAAAAAGAAAGAAAGAAAAAGAAACACUGUUGGCUUAAAUCCGAUUUUUCCCCCAAAGUUUUCCUCUGAAUACUUACUGAGAAAGAAACAGGAGUCAGAAAUAAGGCUUCAGCCCAUUCACUUCACUUUCAUCCUCUGUUGGUUCUGCCGAGCUCAAUUUCCUUUCUAUUUAAUGUGUACUUCCCUGGCUUUUCUUCAUCUUUGUUAUCUGCCCUAUCAAGUCAAAUUAUCUUGUGGGUUAAAAAGAAUUAAGUCAAAUUAGUGAUUUGGGAACUUUUAGAUAGCCAAAAUUUGGGGACAGAGAUUUUUAUGUUUCAGUUGGUAUGUAGCUGGUGUAGAAGAAAUAGAAAACCAAAAAACAGCCAGUAAUUGCAGUUGACAGUUAAUUCCUAAUUAAAUUACAAUAAUUGAUUGUGGAAGUCAAAGGACAGGCUGAUACAGGAGUACAAAAGCCAAAGACGUCAUGUGUGUAGGGAAAGCCAUGUAACUUUGCAUAGCAAUGAUAAUACCAGAGUGAAGAACGCCAGGCAUGCUGUGUCUACAGGAUAUGUCUUGUAUUUAAUGAUUUUUGUCCUGCAUCCUGUAUGGACUUUAUUAAGAAGCCGUAAAUGUUCUGUAUUCAUCUCCCUCCCCACAAAAAUGACAAAAUUGCACAGCCAAUUAGUAAAAUACUUCUAAUUUAACCAAAUGUCUUGUAUUUUUAUUUGCUAAAUCUGACAGCCCUGCAGAGAGUACUCACAUAGUCCCAAGCUAUGCCCAUCUCUAGAAGAACAACAAACAGAGGCCCCUUCCUUUGGAAGCUACAGUUUUCACACAAGUGGUAAUAAAGAAGGGGAGUAUUCUAGAAAAAUACUCUGCUGGCUUGCCCCAUUCGUAAAGGUAAAUUUCAGCAGAACACGGAGGGCCCCGAUACAUCCUGUGCAGUGUGAAACAGCAUGUUCCUCAAGGCUGUCUAUCAAAGAAGGGCCUGGAAUGAUGGGUUCAAAGUCCUCAGCCACAGGGUAUACUGAAGUCCUGGCUCCCAACCCCCGCUGGAGAACCAGGCCCAUGGUUAGGGUGGAUUCCUAAUGACCUUCACCAAAAUUGGGGAAGUCAGCUGAAAAGUCCAUCUCCAAGGUUUGCUUAGCAGUUCCCACUUCAUGAUAGUUAACUUCACUUCACAAGGGCUCCGCUUCAUUCAAGGCCAAACCAUAUCUAGAAUCCAGGCCUCCCUACCCCCUUAAGAUACCCAGUUUCACCCCUCAAAAAUACUCAAGUAAAGGCAGAAUCCACUCAAAAUUAGACUCCAAGGGAGCUACCACAAUUGAUUAUAGAGUACAUUUCCCUAAAAUAAUAAUAAUAAUAAUAAUAAUAAUAAUAAAGUAACAGAAGUUGUUGACUCUGAGCUAGGAAAUAUAACCUCUUAGCUUAUCAUUACUAUUAUUGUUAUUACUGCAAAUGUCCUUAAUAUUAUGGAAAAAAGUAAAAAGCUUCCAAGAAGGUGAUUGGAGGGGAAUUCAAAAGAGUGAUUUCUUUUUCAUUCACCAUAAUUUAACUCUAUUCUUUCAUCUGCAAUCAAAUCUUAAGAUUAAGGAUGUUGUAUUAAAUCAAAUCAUUACAGGAAGCAUGACUAUAUCAGGGACUUUUUACAAAAACAAACUUCCAGAUCACCAGAGGAAGCUGUGUUUGUGUGCUGACAGAGUAUUAAAUAGCAGGCAGGACAGGAAGGCAGGAUAACAGCCAACUUGGGUCUAUUUUGGAAGAAUUAUUUCUGUAGGGUGUCAUGGAAUUGUAAGUUACAAAAAGUAUGCUUUGGUAAACAGACAUCUCCAUUCCAAAAGGACCCACUCCAAAAUACCACUCAAUCAAAUUCACGAGAAUAUUAUGGAGGUCAAAAUUCCAAACGACAUGCAGAUUUUACAAGCAAACAGUCCCACCACUUAUAAACCCUGGCAGUAUAUGCAUAGCAAAAUCUUGAUCACGCCUCAAUCUCUUGCUACAUACAGCAUGACGUCUGAUUGCUAUACCAUGCCACAGGAUGAGUGUCUUGCUUCCCUCUGACUUUUGAACCAGUCUUACACUUGGAUUUGCUUAAGCAGAAUCAUGACUUACAUUUCUCAGGAUUGAGUUAAUGCGGGUGGACGUUGGAAAUUUCACACGAACGGAUAUGUACGCUAUGUCACCAUCAAGCCCAAUCGGACUAUGACCAAUCAGCUUGAAAUAUGUACUUUCAUAUUCUCCAAACCCACACCUCUAUUCGUCAAGGCAUUUCUUGUUUUCAUAGGUAUCUCCUCCCUUUCCUGUUUAUAUAUGGAAUCUCACUAGUUUGUGAAACAAUGCAAGUACAAUAAAGCUCAUUUUAUGGUCUGGA